AUGUUUCCUCCACCCCCCGCUGCGCUCGACUGGAAUGACAUCGGCUUCAAAGUGCGCGACGUCAAUGGCCACGUUGAAUGCCACUACUCGUACUCGGGUAACGGCCAGUGGUCCGCACCGCGUUUCGUGCGCUCGCCCUAUCUCUCCAUUCAUGGGAUGGCGCCCGGCCUGAACUAUGGACAACAAGUGUAUGAGGGACUCAAGGCCUUCCGGCACGCGGAGAACCGCAAGAUCACGAUUUUCCGACCGGAUCGCAAUGCGAAGCGCAUGCAGCGAUCCGCCGAGGUAGUCUCGAUUCCGCCGGUUCCCGAGGACCUCUUUCUCGAGUGUGUGAGACUGGCCGUCGGUGCGAAUGCCGAGUUUGUGCCUCCGCAUGAUUCCGGGGCGGCCAUGUAUAUUCGACCGCUAUUGUUCGGCUCCUCGGCGCAGCUGGGACUGAGUCCACCAGAUGGGUAUACGCUGGUCGUGUUUGUGAUGCCGACAGGUGUAUACCAUGGAGCCAGUGCGGUUGAUGCGCUGAUCUUGGAGGAUUUUGAUCGCUCGGCGCCUUAUGGGACAGGUAAUGCGAAGGUGGGAGGCAACUACGCUCCUGUCCUGCGUCACAGUGAUCGCGCCCGCCGUGAAGGCUUCGGGAUUACCUUGCAUCUGGACAGCGCGACGCGGAGCGAGAUUGACGAGUUUUCGACGUCGGCCUUCAUUGGCGUGAAGCGCGAUGGGGAUCGGAUAACCAUCGUGCAUCCGGACAGUCGCAAUGCCAUUGAUUCUGUGACCGCAUCCUCGGUGGGUGAUAUCGCCCGCCAGUUGGGCUACCACGUUGAGAAGCGGCGAGUGGCCUAUGAGGAACUCAGCCAGUUCGAUGAGGUAAUUGCCGCUGGGACGGCGGCAGCACUCGUGCCGGUGCGAAGCAUCACGAUGCGCUCCAAGGGCGUCAAGUUCGAGUACCGCGUUGGAGACCAGGCACAAGGCGGCGAGGUCUGCGUGAAGCUUCUACAAACGCUGCGAGGGAUUCAGUUAGGAUCGAUCGAAGAUCCAAUGGGCUGGAAUUAUGAAGUGACCGCUCCUGCGAAGGAAUGGAUCGAGGAGGGCCACGCCGAGAAGCUAGACCAGCGUGGAACCACCGUGCCAUGA